AUGGUCCACAGGGUUCUCACCUGGCUUCUGCUGCUCCUAACUCUGGUAUUCACUGUCGAUCUGGUGGUGAGCCACACCAGGAAUAUCUAUAGUUCAGAUGGAAGUAGCUUGGAAUUUAGCAGAAGUAUCAAAAUAUCUGAUGAAAAUAGUAACAGCAGCUUUACUCCUCUGAGUCGAUCGAAGCGUGUGGCCAUCUACAAUGGCCAGGGCAUUGUCAAGUUUGUCCCGAGCCUGGCAUACCCCAUCAAGCAGACCGACAAGGAGCAAUCCUUUUGGUGGUUCGUCAACGUGCAGGGCCAGUGGAUACCCACCACCGUUCCGCUCUACUGGUGGAGCUUUUGGAACACCACUGCCUUUGUGUCCACGGCCCGUGAGUGGCGCAAGGACAUGCAGGCGAAGGUUUUGCACGACGAGGCCCGAUCCUGGGUGUACAAUGCCAUCGAAAUAGGCAUGGAGCAAUUGGAUGGAGCUUAUGGAGGAGUCUGCCUGCUGAGAAGCAUCUGCGAAAUCGCCCAGAAACCCUUUCAGAACAGCAAUAUCUUCAGCGAGAUUGUGAACGCUGUGUUGGUACCUAGCUUGGACAAUGUGGGCAUAAAGUACUUGCACGCCCGGGAUGCCGGACGCGGAGGAGCCGACUGCGAGCGGACCUACAGCGACUGCAACCCGCUGCUCUGGACCCUGGUCAAGAACAUGGCCAAGAACCCUCUUUAAAGAUCACUCUGCUUUUUUGUCCUCCAGGCACUCAGGGAAUAACAAUUUUAU